UGCCGCUACAGUUAGGAAAUCGGAGGAAAAUCGGAAGCGAAAAGCCAUCCACCCAGUCAAUCAAUAUCGCUCAUUAAUAAUAAUAUUGUUAAUAUUUAUUCGAAAUUCGAAAUACCGGACUGUACAAACACAACACACACACCGACACCGAGUGAGGCUGAGUCAAGUGUGCAGCAGUUUCUGCUUCUGUUUUAGUGCCUAAGUGCCGCAUAAAUACGUACUAAAAUAUUUCAAGAAUUUUAAGUGGAAACAUUCUCGAAUUCUGUGAACUUUCUCAAUUGUGUUUUUGGUGAAAUAUUUACAUUUAACAGCGAGGGUAAUUCCACGGCAGAGACACUUUUGGAUACACAGAGGCCACUAUUUGGCAAGAGAAGCCUUUUGGUUAUUCGAUUUUUUGUUUUUUUGUGUUUUGGAGCAACACACAGAUGUGAGGUGUUGCAGUCACAUCAAACACGAUCCAGAGAAUCCAACCUGCACCCUCGCAGGCAUCCCUCGAAUGAUCUAUGGAAUGGGCCAUCAUCUACGCCCACGAUCACAGCUCCUUUGGUGACAAGAUGGCUGCCAUAAAUCCAUCAACUCGCUGAGUAAAUCACACGCACCGCCCCCGAUAAUUAAAAGACGCCGCUAAGGCAUUGUUUUUUGGGGGGGAAAAGUAUUUCCGUUGCACCAAACAAGAUAGGUGAUCAUCCGGAGGAUCAUCAGCAUCAGCAUCAGCAUCAUCGGCAUCCGAUUGCAAUCGCCGGCAAAGUGAAUUGGAGUGGAAGAGGAUCACUUCAAAGGCACAUACACACACACAUGUUGUGCUAAAGAGGCAACUGUUGUUGUUUCCAUCAUAAAUUAGAAACUAGAAGAUCACCGAUCUUCUUCCGCUGUGAGAGGGAGAGAACGCGAUACAGAGUACAUAGAGCGGAGCACUCUAAAGUGGAUUUCCGGUGAAUAAAAAACCGACAGCAGCACAUGCGACAAAACUCCAACUCCAACAAGGGAGUUGCAGUUGCAGUUGCAGUUGCGUUUGCACUGAGAAGUGGCACUUUUAGGGUGCCUGUGCUGCCCCUCUGGCAAGAGUUACAAAAAUAAAUAUCCUCAAAAUGGCUGCUGCCUGGAGCUGCCACAGCAGUCUCUGUCGCAGACGCAGUCACUCACCACUCAUAAUGUUGAACGGAUCGCUAUUGGUGAUGCUUAUGCUGCUGGUGUUGUGGCAACAUUCGGUGCCAGUGGCAGGUCGUCGUCAAAUUGCCAAUAGCCAGGAAGUGUCCAAGGAUUACGAUAAUUUGGCCGCAAAAAUAAACAAAACUUCGACGUUAACAAGUAACGCUAACAGCAGUAGCACAACAACGGAUUUGAAUGAUGGAGCUGGAGAUGAUGAUGACAAUAAGCCCGAUGUGCCGGAGAGUGCUAACACGAAACCCUACUGGCGGUAUCCCAAGAAGAUGAGCUCCUUGCAGACACGACCCUCGGGUUCCCUGCUUUUACUAACCUGUCACGCCUUGGGCAAUCCGGAACCGAACAUCACCUGGUACCGGAAUGGCACUAGCGAAUGGAGCCGGAGUUAUGGCAACAUCAAGAGGAAUCGAUGGACUCAAACCAUGGAGGAUCUGGUGCCGGAUGACUCCGGUAACUAUACCUGCAAGGCGUGCAAUCCUCUGGGCUGCAUCCGGCAUGACACUCAAGUGAUUGUAAGCGAUCGGGUGAACCAUCGACCUAUCCUAAUAAAUGCCCCAGCGAAUCUCACCCUGGUAAUCAAUGGCAGUGGCCACAUGUACUGCAAGUACCUCUCGGAUCUGACCAGCAAGAAGGCCUGGAUCUUUGUGCCCUGUCAGGGAAUGACCAACUGCUCCAACAAUCGCACCGUCAUGGGCUACGACCAGGAUAGGCUGGAAUUUGUGAAUGUAACGCGGGAGCAGGAAGGUUGGUACACCUGCAUCGAGAGCAACAGCUUGGGGCAGACCAAUAGUACUGCUUACCUGCGAGUGGUGCGAAGCCUGCAUCUUCUGGAGGCUGGAGUGGCCAGCGGAAUGGAGCGCACCAAUCUAAUGUACUUCUUUGUCUUUGGAGGAUUACUAUUCAUCAUUAUGUGCACCUCGUUUGUCUUUUAUGCAGUGCGUAAAAUGAAGCACGAGAAACUGUUGAAGCAACGAAUAGAAACCGUCCAUCAGUGGACCAAGAAAGUGAUCAUCUUCAAGCCCGAGGGUGGUGGCGACUCCAGCGGUUCCAUGGACACCAUGAUUAUGCCCGUGGUAAGGAUCCAAAAGCAGCGAACAACCGUCCUGCAGAGUGGCAACGAACCGGCUCCGUUUAAUGAGUAUGAAUUCCCGCUGGAUUCGAACUGGGAAUUGCCACGAAAUCAGCUCGUCCUAGGAGCCACCUUGGGAGAGGGUGCCUUUGGCAGAGUGGUCAUGGCGGAGGUGAACAAUGCCAUUGUGGCUGUUAAAAUGGUCAAGGAAGGUCACACGGACGACGACAUAGCCAGUUUGGUGCGGGAAAUGGAGGUGAUGAAGAUCAUUGGACGUCACAUUAACAUCAUCAAUCUGCUGGGAUGCUGCAGUCAAAGUGGACCGCUUUAUGUAAUCGUCGAAUACGCUCCCCAUGGCAAUCUCAAGGACUUCCUGUACUCGAAUCGACCCUAUGGCAGGGACCAGGACAGAGAUAGCUCUCAGCCGCCGCCAUCGCCGCCAGCCCACCUGAUUACCGAGAAGGAUCUGAUCAAGUUUGCCCACCAAAUUGCCCGGGGAAUGGAUUAUCUGGCCUCGCGCAGGUGCAUUCACAGAGAUUUGGCUGCCAGGAAUGUGCUCGUAAGCGAUGAUUACGUGCUGAAAAUUGCCGAUUUUGGCCUGGCAAGGGAUAUCCAGAGCACAGAUUACUACAGGAAGAACACGAACGGAAGGCUACCCAUUAAAUGGAUGGCUCCAGAAUCCCUCCAGGAGAAAUUCUACGACUCGAAGAGCGAUGUCUGGUCGUAUGGCAUUCUCCUCUGGGAGAUCAUGACCUACGGACAGCAACCGUAUCCCACAAUUUUGUCGGCAGAGGAGCUCUACAGCUAUCUGAUGUCGGGUCAGCGGAUGGAAAAGCCAGCCAAGUGCUCCAUGAACAUCUACAUUCUCAUGCGACAGUGUUGGCACUUCAAUGCCGACGAUCGGCCACCCUUCACGGAGAUCGUAGAGUAUAUGGAUAAGCUGCUGCAGGCGAAGGAGGAUUAUCUGGAUGUGGAUAUAGCCAAUCUGGAUACGCCGCCUUCGACGAGCGACGAGGAGGAAGAUGAAACGGACAAUCUGCAAAAGUGGUGUAAUUACUGAUUACAUAUUCUAAUUACUAAGAAAUAUGGCUACUUUCGACACCCUCCCCACCAGAUGCAAUCAAUAACUAAAUGAAAAGAUUUGACUUAAGCUGAAAUCUAGGUUUGGAUAAAAAAAUUAAUCCGAGUGGCGCAGAAAUUUGAUCACAAAGUAUAAAUUUAGUCACCGAACGAUCAUCGAACGCUUUUGUAGGAUUUAGGACACUCCAAAAUUUUAUCUUUCAAGUUUGUUAUUUAAUGAUUCAUGGAUAGGAAUGAGAGUAUCAAAAUAUGGUUUAACCUUUACAAAAUUUAAAUAAUUUAAAAACUAAGAAAUAUCGAAUUUAAGCUAGAAUAUUCUGUGUAUAUAUAGCUCUCGAAUAAGUCUGUAAAUCUCUUAAAAGUCGCACCAAAAUUGCACCAAAGGCGUAAAACCAAAAACUAGGAGCAGAUCGAAUGUAUCCAUACGUUAUGUUCUAUUUAAAAUAUCUUAUAGUCUAUACCUAAGAGAUUACUGUAUUUAAAGUUAAGCUUCGAUUAAGACUCGGUUGUAUUUCUGUUGUAUUUCUUAUUGUACUGAUCUUUGUAGUAUUCGCAGUUUUAUACUCGCUAAAUUAUACUCGUAGUUUGUAAGCACAACAAUGUUCUAUCCUACAGUUAGUUGCAUGCCCGCAGUGCCUUAUGAAACAAUAAAUGUUGUACGUAUAUAUCCCAAAAA